GUGAUCUUGAUACACCGCCUAAUGAGAAUAACGACCCAAUGAGCUCUGGAAUAUCCGAACAAGAAGAUAAUAUUACCAUUCAAAUAUAUAAUAAUGAUGAAAUUACCGAGGAAACCCCUUUGAUUACAGAUAAAGAUCAACAAGAAUCCUCAAAAUGGCUAUAG